UAAUUCGAUAUACCAUUUCAUUUCAGAAAGCACACCGCUAACAUGGCGUACGGUGCUAAGAGUAGCUUGCUGCUCUGCCUUUUCAUUUCAGGCCUGUGGGCUCCUCCGACAGGAGUACAUGCAACCUCAGAUGAAGAAUCGCUCAUGGCAACUACGACAAGUGAAAAUGCGCCUGUUUGCAAAUGUGCUGAAGAUCCAAAUGCUUAUAUAUGUGUACCUACGGACGGUGCGGUCCACUUUAAUCUGGACGAUGUAAACAAUGAAUCUGCACCUGCGGAUAGUCAAGAAGAAGACGAUGUCCAUGACUUGUACUCACUCGUCCAGAGCUUGUAUGACAUGUUCCUAAACGCGAAAUGCGACAAAAACGAUGCGAACGGUACGGGAGGAACUACAAAUGGCGAUCACCAAGGAGGACAUGGCGACCACCCUCACCACGGAGGACAUGACGACGACCACCCUCACCACGGAGGACAUGACGACGACCACCCACACCCAGGUGGACAUGAGGACCACCCUCACCACGGAGAACAUGGCGACCACCCACACCCAGAUGGACAUAGCGACCACCCUCAACACGGAGGACAUGACGACGACCACCCACACCCAGGUGGACAUGAGGACCACCCUCAUCACGGAGGACAUGGCGACCACCCACACCCAGGUGGACAUGGCGACCACCCUCAACACGGAGGACAUGACGACGACCACCCACACCCAGGUGGACAUGGCGGCCACCCUAACCAAGGAGGAGAUGGCGGCCACCCUAACCAAGGAGGACAUGACAGCCACCCCAACCACGCAGGAAAUGGCGACCACCCUCACCCAGGUGGACAUGGCGACCACCCUCACCACGGAGGACAGGACGACCACCCUCACCAAGGAGGACAUGACGACGACCACCCACACCCAGGUGGACAUGAGGACCACCCUCACCCAGGUGGACAUGGCGACCACCCACAUCCAGGUGGACAUGGCGAUCGCCCUAACCAAGGAGGAGAUGGCGAUCGCCCUCACCAAGGAGGGCACGGCGGCCACCCCAACCAAGGAGGAGACGGAGGCCACCCUCAGCAAGGAGGACAUGGAGGCCACCCAAACCAGGGAGGACAUGGCGAACACCCUCAGCAAGGAGGACAUGGCGGCCUCCCAAACCAGGGAGGACAUGGCGACGACCCUCACCCAGGAGGACAUGGCGACCAACCUCAUCAAGGAGGUCAUGGCGAUCACCCACACCAUGGAGGACAUGGCGACGACCCUCACCCAGGAGGACAUGGCGACCAACCUCACCAAGGAGGAGAUGGCGACCACCCUCACCCAGGAGGACAUGGCGACCAACCUCACCAAGGAGGACAUGGCGACCACCCUCACCACGGAGGACAUGGCGACCACCCUCACCACGGAGGACAUGAUGACCACCCUCAGCAAGGAGGACAAGGCGGCCACCCUCACGAAGGAGGACAUGGCGGCCAACCCGACCACGGAGGACAUGACGACCACCCUAACCAAGGAGGGCAUGGCAACCACCCUAACCAAGGAGGAGAUGGCGAUCACCCUCUCCACGGAGGACAUGACGACCACCCCAACCAUGGAGGACAUGGCGACCACCCUCACCCAGGAGGACAUGGCGGCCACCCUAACCAAGGAGGACAUGGCAACCACCCUAACCAAGGAGGAGAUGGCGAUCACCCCAACCAUGGAGGACAUGGCGACCAACCUCACCCAGGAGGACAUGGUCGAAAUGUAACGAAUCCCAACGAUGAACAUGAUGAAAAACAUAGAAACUCGGGGAGCGGCCUCGAUCCCGACCUUGAACAACCUAACAACCGACCUCACCACAGGCAUCCCAACGACCAACAUCCUAACACCCCAGCAGGAAAUGGCACAAACCCCAAUGGGCAAAACUGCUCUUGCUACAAUAACGGAAAUGCUGGACCAAGAAGAUCCCGUCCGCUUUGCGUGAACAAUUGCGAAACCACUCUCGUUUACGACAUGAACGGUACAAAUCCCCAGGUAGCCGGACUCAAAUGCUGCGGUGAUCAGUUUUCUCUUGAAGAAGUGAAAUCUUUGUGCCCAAUUUUGUCAAUAGCUAAACGGCUGUGGUCUACAUUCCCUCAUCAAUACCAGACCGUUACGACUGAAUAGCAGUUGACGUAAUUUCUGUAUUUAAAAUGCUUUGCAAAUUAAAACAUAGUAACUAAAAUGAA